AUGUCCACUCUCCUGGAAAGUGUCACUACCAUAAUUAAAAUAUUUGUAAAAUACUCAAACAGCAAAAAGGAAGAAGACACACUGAGCAAAGAAGAGCUGAAGGAACUACUGGAAGGAGAAUUACAGGCAGUCUUGAAGAAUCCAGAGGACCAAGACAUUGCUGAGGUCUUCAUGCAAAUGCUAGAUGUGGACCACGAUGACAAAAUAGAUUUCACAGAGUAUUUACUAAUGGUGUUAAAGUUGACACAAGCAUAUUAUGAGGCAUUCAAGAAUAAAAAAUUCCAAAUACAUGGAUCAAAGAAAAGAAGCAAACAUGAUGAUAAAGGACUAGAAGAAGAGGAAGAGGAAGAAGAAGUAAAAACUCGUAGAAGGAGGUAUGGAGGAAGUGCUGAAAACAAAAAACAUAAAGGAUCAAACAGCCCGAAGGGAAUAACAGGGAAAAGGCAUAGAUCAAACAGUAGAAAUGAGGAAAGAGAUGCAAACAGAAGAAGAGAAAGAGUAAAACACAGGCACCAUAAUGACUCGAACAUAAAAGAGAGGAGGGGUUCAGAUUCUACAGAAAGAGGAGAUAACAGAAGUAAGAAACACAGAAAAUCCAGGGAAAGAAACUGUGAAGAAAUCUAUGCAGAUGGAGAGUACAAUAUAGAUUGGAAUGAAACAUAUAAUAACUAUUACUACAAAAAUGAGGAGAGUAAAACAGAGCAAAGAGAAGGGUCAAGGCGAAGCCAGGCAGGCUCCCAGCAUGAGUCCGACUCCGUCCACGGUCAGGUAGGCCACAGAGGCGCUGCAGCAAGCGGGCGCUCAUCCCGCGUGGAACAGUCUCCAGACAGUGCCCCGGGAUCCAGAUCCAGAUCCAGAAGCCAUGCUGACUCUUCCCAGGGCAGCCCAAGAGCAGGCUCAGGAGGAAGAGGUGUGUCUGCCGAAGGCUCCGGGCACGCCGCCGUGUCCAGGAGGGACAGAGGCCGGGAGGCCAGCCCCGGCCAGUCCAGUGACAGCCAAGGCCAUUCCAGAGCCCAAGUCCAGGUCGGCCGCGGGCAGAACCCAUCGGGCCACAGGAGGGCCGGCUCCAGCUCCAGCUCGGGGGUCCAGCGGGCCUCCGCAGGUGGCCAGGCAGGGGACAGCUCCAGUGGCUCUGGGGCCCGUCGAGGCCAGGCAUCUGUCCAGGGUGGCGCAGGGUCCGAGGUUCGGUCCAGAUCCAGGGAAGCUCAGGGCAGCCGCCAGGCCUCCGCUGACAGGAGCAGGCGUCGGAGGUCCAGCGAGAGUCAGGCCAGCGACAGCGAAGGCCACUCCCACUCCGACUCCUCAGAAGGCCAGGCAGUGGGAGCCCACGGUGGGUCGGGAGCCAGCCAGAGGCACGAGCAGGGACACGGCUCGGGACUCUACCAGGUGUACUACUACGAGGAGCACGAAUACUCCGAGGACGAGUCCGAUUCCCAGCAUCCGCACCUGGGGGAGCACCACCAGCAGGAGCACCAGCGCCGGCACCAGCAGGAGCAUGAGCACCAACAGCCCGAGUCUGCCCACAGGCACCAGCGGGCCGGCGCGAGAAGACAGGAGGGAGGCCACCAGGAACAGGAAAGCGACAGAGCCAGGCAUGGGGGCUCCCAGCAAGGGCACAGCUCCUCUAGCCAACAGGCUGGGCCCUCACAAGCAAGGUCCGGAAGCGGGAGCGGUGUCAGAGAGGGCCAGCGGUCCCACAGGGAGCCUGCCCGGGACAGCUCUGAGCAGGCCCAGUCCAGAAGCCGCGGGCCCUCCGCCCGUGGACACUACUCAGGGCACGACGACCAGAGGGUCCACGAAGACCGCCACGAGGCAGCAGCGGACGGCUCUGGGCGCUCCAGGUCAAGGCGAAGCCAGGCAGGCUCCCAGCAUGAGUCCGACUCCGUCCACGGUCAGGUAGGCCACAGAGGCGCUGCAGCAAGCGGGCGCUCAUCCCGCGUGGAACAGUCUCCAGACAGUGCCCCGGGAUCCAGAUCCAGAUCCAGAUCCAGAUCCAGACGCCAUGCUGACUCUUCCCAGGGCAGCCCAAGAGCAGGCUCAGGAGGAAGAGGUGUGUCCGCCGAAGGCUCCGGGCACGUCGCCGUGUCCAGGAGGGACAGAGGCCGGGAGGCCAGCCCCGGCCAGUCCAGUGACAGCCAAGGCCAUUCCAGAGCCCAAGUCCAGGUCGGCCGCGGGCAGAACCCAUCGGGCCACAGGAGGGCCGGCUCCAGCUCCAGCUCGGGGGUCCAGCGGGCCUCCGCAGGUGGCCAGGCAGGGGACAGCUCCAGUGGCUCUGGGGCCCGUCGAGGCCAGGCAUCUGUCCAGGGUGGCGCAGGGUCCGAGGUUCGGUCCAGAUCCAGGGAAGCUCAGGGCAGCCGCCAGGCCUCCGCUGACAGGAGCAGGCGUCGGAGGUCCAGCGAGAGUCAGGCCAGCGACAGCGAAGGCCACUCCCACUCCGACUCCUCAGAAGGCCAGGCAGUGGGAGCCCACGGUGGGUCGGGAGCCAGCCAGAGGCACGAGCAGGGACACGGCUCGGGACUCUACCAGGUGUACUACUACGAGGAGCACGAAUACUCCGAGGACGAGUCCGAUUCCCAGCAUCCGCACCUGGGGGAGCACCACCAGCAGGAGCACCAGCGCCGGCACCAGCAGGAGCAUGAGCACCAACAGCCCGAGUCUGCCCACAGGCACCAGCGGGCCGGCGCGAGAAGACAGGAGGGAGGCCACCAGGAACAGGAAAGCGACAGAGCCAGGCAUGGGGGCUCCCAGCAAGGGCACAGCUCCUCUAGCCAACAGGCUGAGCCCUCACAAGCAAGGUCCGGAAGCGGGAGCGGUGUCAGAGAGGGCCAGCGGUCCCACAGGGAGCCUGCCCGGGACAGCUCUGAGCAGGCCCAGUCCAGAAGCCGCGGGCCCUCCGCCCGUGGACACUACUCAGGGCACGACGACCAGAGGGUCCACGAAGACCGCCACGAGGCAGCAGCGGACGGCUCUGGGCGCUCCAGGUCAAGGCGAAGCCAGGCAGGCUCCCAGCAUGAGUCCGACUCCGUCCACGGUCAGGUAGGCCACAGAGGCGCUGCAGCAAGCGGGCGCUCAUCCCGCGUGGAACAGUCUCCAGACAGUGCCCCGGGAUCCAGAUCCAGAUCCAGACGCCAUGCUGACUCUUCCCAGGGCAGCCCAAGAGCAGGCUCAGGAGGAAGAGGUGUGUCCGCCGAAGGCUCCGGGCACGUCGCCGUGUCCAGGAGGGACAGAGGCCGGGAGGCCAGCCCCGGCCAGUCCAGUGACAGCCAAGGCCAUUCCAGAGCCCAAGUCCAGGUCGGCCGCGGGCAGAACCCAUCGGGCCACAGGAGGGCCGGCUCCAGCUCCAGCUCGGGGGUCCAGCGGGCCUCCGCAGGUGGCCAGGCAGGGGACAGCUCCAGUGGCUCUGGGGCCCGUCGAGGCCAGGCAUCUGUCCAGGGUGGCGCAGGGUCCGAGGUUCGGUCCAGAUCCAGGGAAGCUCAGGGCAGCCGCCAGGCCUCCGCUGACAGGAGCAGGCGUCGGAGGUCCAGCGAGAGUCAGGCCAGCGACAGCGAAGGCCACUCCCACUCCGACUCCUCAGAAGGCCAGGCAGUGGGAGCCCACGGUGGGUCGGGAGCCAGCCAGAGGCACGAGCAGGGACACGGCUCGGGACUCUACCAGGUGUACUACUACGAGGAGCACGAAUACUCCGAGGACGAGUCCGAUUCCCAGCAUCCGCACCUGGGGGAGCACCACCAGCAGGAGCACCAGCGCCGGCACCAGCAGGAGCAUGAGCACCAACAGCCCGAGUCUGCCCACAGGCACCAGCGGGCCGGCGCGAGAAGACAGGAGGGAGGCCACCAGGAACAGGAAAGCGACAGAGCCAGGCAUGGGGGCUCCCAGCAAGGGCACAGCUCCUCUAGCCAACAGGCUGGGCCCUCACAAGCAAGGUCCGGAAGCGGGAGCGGUGUCAGAGAGGGCCAGCGGUCCCACAGGGAGCCUGCCCGGGACAGCUCUGAGCAGGCUCAGUCCAGAAGCCGCGGGCCCUCCGCCCGUGGACACUACUCAGGGCACGACGACCAGAGGGUCCACGAAGACCGCCACGAGGCAGCAGCGGACGGCUCUGGGCGCUCCAGGUCAAGGCGAAGCCAGGCAGGCUCCCAGCAUGAGUCCGACUCCGUCCACGGUCAGGUAGGCCACAGAGGCGCUGCAGCAAGCGGGCGCUCAUCCCGCGUGGAACAGUCUCCAGACAGUGCCCCGGGAUCCAGAUCCAGAUCCAGAAGCCAUGCUGACUCUUCCCAGGGCAGCCCAAGAGCAGGCUCAGGAGGAAGAGGUGUGUCUGCCGAAGGCUCCGGGCACGCCGCCGUGUCCAGGAGGGACAGAGGCCGGGAGGCCAGCCCCGGCCAGUCCAGUGACAGCCAAGGCCAUUCCAGAGCCCAAGUCCAGGUCGGCCGCGGGCAGAACCCAUCGGGCCACAGGAGGGCCGGCUCCAGCUCCAGCUCGGGGGUCCAGCGGGCCUCCGCAGGUGGCCAGGCAGGGGACAGCUCCAGUGGCUCUGGGGCCCGUCGAGGCCAGGCAUCUGUCCAGGGUGGCGCAGGGUCCGAGGUUCGGUCCAGAUCCAGGGAAGCUCAGGGCAGCCGCCAGGCCUCCGCUGACAGGAGCAGGCGUCGGAGGUCCAGCGAGAGUCAGGCCAGCGACAGCGAAGGCCACUCCCACUCCGACUCCUCAGAAGGCCAGGCAGUGGGAGCCCACGGUGGGUCGGGAGCCAGCCAGAGGCACGAGCAGGGACACGGCUCGGGACUCUACCAGGUGUACUACUACGAGGAGCACGAAUACUCCGAGGACGAGUCCGAUUCCCAGCAUCCGCACCUGGGGGAGCACCACCAGCAGGAGCACCAGCGCCGGCACCAGCAGGAGCAUGAGCACCAACAGCCCGAGUCUGCCCACAGGCACCAGCGGGCCGGCGCGAGAAGACAGGAGGGAGGCCACCAGGAACAGGAAAGCGACAGAGCCAGGCAUGGGGGCUCCCAGCAAGGGCACAGCUCCUCUAGCCAACAGGCUGGGCCCUCACAAGCAAGGUCCGGAAGCGGGAGCGGUGUCAGAGAGGGCCAGCGGUCCCACAGGGAGCCUGCCCGGGACAGCUCUGAGCAGGCCCAGUCCAGAAGCCGCGGGCCCUCCGCCCGUGGACACUACUCAGGGCACGACGACCAGAGGGUCCACGAAGACCGCCACGAGGCAGCAGCGGACGGCUCUGGGCGCUCCAGGUCAAGGCGAAGCCAGGCAGGCUCCCAGCAUGAGUCCGACUCCGUCCACGGUCAGGUAGGCCACAGAGGCGCUGCAGCAAGCGGGCGCUCAUCCCGCGUGGAACAGUCUCCAGACAGUGCCCCGGGAUCCAGAUCCAGAUCCAGACGCCAUGCUGACUCUUCCCAGGGCAGCCCAAGAGCAGGCUCAGGAGGAAGAGGUGUGUCCGCCGAAGGCUCCGGGCACGUCGCCGUGUCCAGGAGGGACAGAGGCCGGGAGGCCAGCCCCGGCCAGUCCAGUGACAGCCAAGGCCAUUCCAGAGCCCAAGUCCAGGUCGGCCGCGGGCAGAACCCAUCGGGCCACAGGAGGGCCGGCUCCAGCUCCAGCUCGGGGGUCCAGCGGGCCUCCGCAGGUGGCCAGGCAGGGGACAGCUCCAGUGGCUCUGGGGCCCGUCGAGGCCAGGCAUCUGUCCAGGGUGGCGCAGGGUCCGAGGUUCGGUCCAGAUCCAGGGAAGCUCAGGGCAGCCGCCAGGCCUCCGCUGACAGGAGCAGGCGUCGGAGGUCCAGCGAGAGUCAGGCCAGCGACAGCGAAGGCCACUCCCACUCCGACUCCUCAGAAGGCCAGGCAGUGGGAGCCCACGGUGGGUCGGGAGCCAGCCAGAGGCACGAGCAGGGACACGGCUCGGGACUCUACCAGGUGUACUACUACGAGGAGCACGAAUACUCCGAGGACGAGUCCGAUUCCCAGCAUCCGCACCUGGGGGAGCACCACCAGCAGGAGCACCAGCGCCGGCACCAGCAGGAGCAUGAGCACCAACAGCCCGAGUCUGCCCACAGGCACCAGCGGGCCGGCGCGAGAAGACAGGAGGGAGGCCACCAGGAACAGGAAAGCGACAGAGCCAGGCAUGGGGGCUCCCAGCAAGGGCACAGCUCCUCUAGCCAACAGGCUGGGCCCUCACAAGCAAGGUCCGGAAGCGGGAGCGGUGUCAGAGAGGGCCAGCGGUCCCACAGGGAGCCUGCCCGGGACAGCUCUGAGCAGGCCCAGUCCAGAAGCCGCGGGCCCUCCGCCCGUGGACACUACUCAGGGCACGACGACCAGAGGGUCCACGAAGACCGCCACGAGGCAGCAGCGGACGGCUCUGGGCGCUCCAGGUCAAGGCGAAGCCAGGCAGGCUCCCAGCAUGAGUCCGACUCCGUCCAUGGUCAGGUAGGCCACAGAGGCGCUGCAGCAAGCGGGCGCUCAUCCCGCGUGGAACAGUCUCCAGACAGUGCCCCGGGAUCCAGAUCCAGAUCCAGACGCCAUGCUGACUCUUCCCAGGGCAGCCCAAGAGCAGGCUCAGGAGGAAGAGGUGUGUCCGCCGAAGGCUCCGGGCACGUCGCCGUGUCCAGGAGGGACAGAGGCCGGGAGGCCAGCCCCGGCCAGUCCAGUGACAGCCAAGGCCAUUCCAGAGCCCAAGUCCAGGUCGGCCGCGGGCAGAACCCAUCGGGCCACAGGAGGGCCGGCUCCAGCUCCAGCUCGGGGGUCCAGCGGGCCUCCGCAGGUGGCCAGGCAGGGGACAGCUCCAGUGGCUCUGGGGCCCGUCGAGGCCAGGCAUCUGUCCAGGGUGGCGCAGGGUCCGAGGUUCGGUCCAGAUCCAGGGAAGCUCAGGGCAGCCGCCAGGCCUCCGCUGACAGGAGCAGGCGUCGGAGGUCCAGCGAGAGUCAGGCCAGCGACAGCGAAGGCCACUCCCACUCCGACUCCUCAGAAGGCCAGGCAGUGGGAGCCCACGGUGGGUCGGGAGCCAGCCAGAGGCACGAGCAGGGACACGGCUCGGGACUCUACCAGGUGUACUACUACGAGGAGCACGAAUACUCCGAGGACGAGUCCGAUUCCCAGCAUCCGCACCUGGGGGAGCACCACCAGCAGGAGCACCAGCGCCGGCACCAGCAGGAGCAUGAGCACCAACAGCCCGAGUCUGCCCACAGGCACCAGCGGGCCGGCGCGAGAAGACAGGAGGGAGGCCACCAGGAACAGGAAAGCGACAGAGCCAGGCAUGGGGGCUCCCAGCAAGGGCACAGCUCCUCUAGCCAACAGGCUGGGCCCUCACAAGCAAGGUCCGGAAGCGGGAGCGGUGUCAGAGAGGGCCAGCGGUCCCACAGGGAGCCUGCCCGGGACAGCUCUGAGCAGGCUCAGUCCAGAAGCCGCGGGCCCUCCGCCCGUGGACACUACUCAGGGCACGACGACCAGAGGGUCCACGAAGACCGCCACGAGGCAGCAGCGGACGGCUCUGGGCGCUCCAGGUCAAGGCGAAGCCAGGCAGGCUCCCAGCAUGAGUCCGACUCCGUCCAUGGUCAGGUAGGCCACAGAGGCGCUGCAGCAAGCGGGCGCUCAUCCCGCGUGGAACAGUCUCCAGACAGUGCCCCGGGAUCCAGAUCCAGAUCCAGAAGCCAUGCUGACUCUUCCCAGGGCAGCCCAAGAGCAGGCUCAGGAGGAAGAGGUGUGUCUGCCGAAGGCUCCGGGCACGCCGCCGUGUCCAGGAGGGACAGAGGCCGGGAGGCCAGCCCCGGCCAGUCCAGUGACAGCCAAGGCCAUUCCAGAGCCCAAGUCCAGGUCGGCCGCGGGCAGAACCCAUCGGGCCACAGGAGGGCCGGCUCCAGCUCCAGCUCGGGGGUCCAGCGGGCCUCCGCAGGUGGCCAGGCAGGGGACAGCUCCAGUGGCUCUGGGGCCCGUCGAGGCCAGGCAUCUGUCCAGGGUGGCGCAGGGUCCGAGGUUCGGUCCAGAUCCAGGGAAGCUCAGGGCAGCCGCCAGGCCUCCGCUGACAGGAGCAGGCGUCGGAGGUCCAGUGAGAGUCAGGCCAGCGACAGCGAAGGCCACUCCCACUCCGACUCCUCAGAAGGCCAGGCAGUGGGAGCCCACGGUGGGUCGGGAGCCAGCCAGAGGCACGAGCAGGGACACGGCUCGGGACUCUACCAGGUGUACUACUACGAGGAGCACGAAUACUCCGAGGACGAGUCCGAUUCCCAGCAUCCGCACCUGGGGGAGCACCACCAGCAGGAGCACCAGCGCCGGCACCAGCAGGAGCAUGAGCACCAACAGCCCGAGUCUGCCCACAGGCACCAGCGGGCCGGCGCGAGAAGACAGGAGGGAGGCCACCAGGAACAGGAAAGCGACAGAGCCAGGCAUGGGGGCUCCCAGCAAGGGCACAGCUCCUCUAGCCAACAGGCUGGGCCCUCACAAGCAAGCCCAAGAGCAGGCUCAGGAGGAAGAGGUGUGUCCGCCGAAGGCUCCGGGCACGUCGCCGUGUCCAGGAGGGACAGAGGCCGGGAGGCCAGCCCCGGCCAGUCCAGUGACAGCCAAGGCCAUUCCAGAGCCCAAGUCCAGGUCGGCCGCGGGCAGAACCCAUCGGGCCACAGGAGGGCCGGCUCCAGCUCCAGCUCGGGGGUCCAGCGGGCCUCUGCAAGUGGUCAGGGAGGGUAUCAUUCUAUUGUUACAUCUAAACAUCUUGGUUUUAGUCAAUCCCAUAACUAUUAUUAUUAUCCAUGA